AUGGCAACCGACAAGCCCCUCCCCUUCGUCUACCAGUUCGCCGCCGGUGCGGUGGCUGGCGUUUCCGAGAUUCUCGUCAUGUACCCGCUUGACGUGGUCAAGACCAGAGUGCAGCUUCAGACUGGCAAGGGCGCUGGUGAGGAAGCCUACAAUGGCAUGCUGGACUGCUUCAGGAAGAUCAUCAAGAACGAGGGUUUCUCGCGCCUGUACCGUGGUAUCAGCGCGCCCAUCAUGAUGGAGGCUCCCAAGAGGGCUACCAAGUUCGCUGCCAACGACGAGUGGGGCAAGUUCUACCGCAACCUAUUUGGCCAGGCGCAGAUGAACCAGAGCCUUUCCAUUCUGACCGGCGCCUCCGCUGGUGCCACUGAGUCCUUCGUCGUCGUUCCCUUCGAGCUGGUCAAGAUUCGUCUGCAAGACAAGGCCCAGGCCGGCAAGUACAACGGCAUGCUUGACUGCGUCUCCAAGAUCAUUAAGCACGAGGGUCCCCUCACUCUGUACCAGGGUCUCGAGAGUACCAUGUGGAGGCACAUCUUGUGGAACGCCGGUUACUUUGGAUGCAUUUUCCAGGUCCGCGCGCUCCUGCCCAAGGCAGCGGACAAGACUUCGCAGAUCAGGAACGACUUGCUCUCCGGUGCCAUUGGUGGCACGGUUGGUACCAUCGUGAACACGCCUAUGGACGUUGUCAAGUCGCGCAUUCAGAACACUCCCAAGGUUCCCGGUGUCGUUCCCAAGUACAACUGGGCUUGGCCGGCUCUUGGCACGGUCAUGAAGGAGGAGGGUUUCGCCGCGUUGUACAAGGGCUUCCUGCCCAAGGUGCUGCGUCUGGGACCGGGUGGUGGUAUUCUGCUCGUCGUCUACACCGGCGUUCUGGAUUUCUUCAGGAAGAUGAGGAGCGAAUAG